GUUCUCCGAUCAUUCAGAAAUCUUCUUAACUUUAUUGUUUUCGUGAACAAAAUGGCUUCAAAAUUCACAUAUCAGUUGGAGCCGGAGGAAUUUCUUUUCGGCCAUGGCCCUAAGGAUCUCGGCGAGCAGAUUCGCAAGCAGGUGACCAAGCUCACCAGUCUGGAGGGCGGAGCUACGGACAAGGGGCUGGACCGCCAGAUCGAAGCUCUGGAGAGGCUUUGCAAUAACGUCUACGCCAAGAAGUAUCCGCGCACCUACGAAUCCACGGCUACCGGACUAACAGCCGCCCAGUGCAGCCAAGUCUUGAGCUCCGAGUUCCUGCAAUAUCUCAACGAGGGAGCGGGCUCCAAAAAGAAGUAGCACCAUUAUGAAGCGACUCCUAAUA